CUCUUACUAUCGUCAUGUCCAUCACACUCCCCGCACUUUUCCAGCGCGCGCUCCAGAAUGCAUCGAAAGCGAUUGAACAGUCUCCAUUCGAUGAUACCACUCAGGACCUCAUUCGAUCAAGCCUGACCGAUCUCAAGACUCUCAGCACUCGAAUCCAUGGUCUCUCCAUGUUUAGCCCCAACGAAAUACUGGAAGAUAUAUCUACGCGUGACUUGAUAUAUCUUUUCGUUCCCUACGUGUUGGCGGAGACUAGCGGACGUAUCCGGACGUCCGAGCCACAAGAGCGGACCAUGGUUCUGAAGGAAUCACAGGUGCCUACACUCGACGGGACCUUUCUGCCUGAAACUCAAUUGUUCAUCCAGAGAUACCAUUCUUUGUUUAUCUCCGAUCUCGAAAACUUCGAGGUUGUGCCGGAGAGCGAGCGGGCGCUCCAUGUCCAAGAUCCGGGGCAAGUCGCCGAUCCGACCAGCCGCAGAGCCCUCAAAAUAAAACAGUAUCAGGCUGAGAAAGAGCUCAAGGGAAGGAUUGACGUCAUCCGCAAACGACGAGGGCAGCAACAUUCCAGCGACACCGGAAUGGAGUCUGAUUUCGCCUUGAUAUCGUCAUUACUGCCCCAGACCACGACAGCCGACGAAGACGAGGAGGACUCGGAAACCGAAGAUGCGUUGCGUGAAACGACACUGCUAAUUCUGAGGCUUUACUACGGACAAGCUCAGGCCUCACUAUUGAGUCUUAAGCAGGAAUCCGAGCUUCUCAAGAACGCUCCGCCGGCUCCAAUGCGACCGCCCCGACCGGAAGAGGACAGGCGGGGCAAACAGCGUGCUGCGGAAGACGACAUGUGGAAGCUGGAUGCUCCCUCCGGGUUGGGGCCGGACGGUAAGGGACCUCUGCUGGAUCCGCAGGGCAAGCCCCUUCGACCGUUCACUCUCCUUCCCGCCGGAUCAUCUGACCGCGCACGGUUCGCUGCGCAGGUUUUCGGGCCCGGACACCGUCUCCCCUCCAUGUCUAUUGACGAGUACCUGCAAAUCGAGCAGGAGCGAGGCAACAUCAUCACUGGAGGAGGGCCUGCGUCCGAAAACGCUCCUACUUCGUCUGAGCAGCUGCAGAUGGAUUCAGAGCUGGAUGGAACCCAUUUCGGUGAGGAGAGGGCAGAGGCGAAGCGAGUCAAGGACGAAAAUUGGGCCCAAUUCGUCGAUGCCAAUCCAAGAGGCGCCGGCAACACCAUGAAUCGAGGCUGA